UAUGAGUGCAAAUAAAUAGCAUAAUUAAUAAGAGCUCUCUGAUGAAGGUAAUGUUUGAAUGGAAAUUCAUAGAAUUCAUGAAACUUCAUGCUAAGCAAUUCUACAGAACUCAUGGAUAACUGAUUGGAAGUUAACAAUAAUACAUCCCAGUUCCAAAAGAAAGUAAUCAUAACGGAAAGUUUACAGAUGUAAGUAUUAUUGAAAUUAAUAUAGCAUUUAUUAAUGGCAACAAUGUACAGAAAUAAUAGUCUCAAUACUACUUGUGAUAAGGAACGUUGGAUUAAUGGUUCAAAAGAUUGGAUGGAACAUUUAUAAUGAAA